UCAGUCUCUUUUUCUCUGAAAGCGCACAAUGUCAGAACGCUAUGGUUUCUCAUUGACAACGUUCAGCCCGUCUGGCAAGCUCGUCCAGAUCGAAUACGCCCUGAACGCAGUCCAAGGCGGCACUACUUCUGUCGGCAUCAAAGCGGUGAACGGCGUCGUUAUUGCCACCGAGAAGAAGCUGCCCACGGCCCUCAUUGACGAGUCGUCCUUGCAAAAGGUCUCGAGCAUCAACGACAAGGUUGGCUUUGUCUACAGCGGAAUGGGUCCAGAUUCUCGCGUCUUGUUGCGCAAGGCACGCAAGAUUGCCCAGCAGUAUUAUACCACAUAUGGCGAAAGCAUGCCGACAUCACAACUCGUGCGUGAGGUUGCAUCCGUCAUGCAAGAGUACACACAAAGCGGAGGUGUCCGACCAUUCGGCGUCUCGCUGCUUGUUGCCGGCUACGACAGUGUCAAGGGCCCUUCCCUCUAUCAAGUUGAUCCCUCCGGCUCAUACUGGGCCUGGAAGGCUUCUGCCAUUGGCAAGAACAUGCUUAACGCCCGCACCUUUUUGGAAAAGCGGUACACUGAAACGAUCGAGUUGGAAGACGCAAUCCACACGGCCAUUCUCACCCUCAAGGAGGGAUUCGAGGGUCAAAUGACGGAGCACAACAUUGAAAUUGGCAUUGCAGACCAGAAGGGCUACCGCGUUCUCUCGAUGGCUGAAAUUAAGGAUUACUUGUCGGUGGUGAAUGCUUAAUUUUUGCUUUUUUCAAAACUGGCCUGGCAUCCCAGGUGGCGAGUUGUCUCUGGCACUUGACUGUUGUAUUUUGUUUGGGUUUUUGUGUGUGUGUGUGUGGUGUGUGUGUGUGGCAAUACAAUCCAUGUGAAGUUUUAUUCCAUGCUCG